GUGUCGAAUUGUUGCAAGAAUUUGAAGUGGACGUGGGAAAGAAAACCACAGCCGUGUGUCUGACCCGCCCGACCGUCCAAAGCUGGGCUGGGGUUUUGAGCAGCGCUAGAGUCCUCACGGCGGCGCGUCCAGGGAGUGCCUUCCCAAAUUUCUUCCUCGAUUUUCGCCCGUAGACCUCCACAAUUUCCGGGGCACCGAAAUUUGCGGCUUCUUCAUUCUUCUUCCAAAUUUCCCUUGUCCUUUCGUCAUCAUAGCCGGUUCUCAUCUACCUUCUAUCUACUGUGAAUUUCUCGUGGUUCUUGUGUUUAGUCUUCCCUACAAGCGUUUGUCAUGUCGAGUGCAGUUCGUGGCACCUCUUUGAGGGCCGGCGGUGCCUGCGUCCGCUGCAGGAAGGGCAAGACGAAAUGCGUCUAUGAGAACAAUCGCGCUCCUUGCAAGAACUGCGCCAAGGGAAUGCACGAGUGUUAUCUCCCUUCAGAGAGCCUGGCGCAUCAUCACGGACAAUCGCCUGCGAGAGUUCCGCGACCUCGAGAAAGUCUGCCGGGCGAGCGAAGCGUCUCAACCGCCACUCACGAUCGCCCAGCUGCAGCGAGCCAGCCAUUGGCCUCCCGAACAGUGACCUCUAACAACGACAAACUCACACCGGAAUUAGUCCAUGAGUGUGAGAGAAUCAUCAACAAAGUUCUUCCAGCAUGUGUUGCAUUUCACAAACCGGGGUUUCUCCAGAAACUAAAAAAUGGUACACUGGAGACUAGCAUUGUGAAUGCUCUUCUAACAAUUGGAGCUCGGAGUUCUGCUCACCUGACGAGGCGUUAUGGUGGACAGGGCGGCGCCACUGCUGCUGCGGAGCAUUUUGCCGUCAAAACUAUUAGCACAAUCAUGCAGAAUCUUGACAAUCCUUUAGUAGUGGACAUUCAAGCUCUCUGCCUGCUUAUUAUACACGAAUGGGGUAGCAGAAAUGCCAUUCGGGCAUAUGUCUACCUUGGCCAGGCUGCCCGUAUGGCGCAAAUGCAUCGCAUUGUUUCCGCGCACUAUAACCCCAAGCCUGAAGCGGAGCAAUUUAUCAAGGAUGAAUCCUUCCGGCGAACGCUGUGGUUGAUCUACAUCCUUGACUGCUUUCUGACUAGCAGUCCCGGCCGUCUGCCUGCUCUUACUGCUCUCGACAUCAAGGAUAUGGCGCUACCUUGUCCCGAUAUGAGCUUCAGCUUCGGUUCCCCCGUGUUUGUCCGCACGCUGAGUGGUCAAGCUCCUCGCGACAUGCCAGAUCCAACGACGUCCUUGACUGAGGUCGGCGAAUUCGGUCAUAUUGUCAUGGCCACUCAAGCAUGGCGAAACGUCGUCGAGAUGUUGACCACCGUCGAGGUAGAGACCUUUUCGGAGCAGCAGUGUGUAACUUUAGAUAAGGAGAUUGAGGCCGUGCGUCAAGGUUUGCCGAUGCACUUCAUGGACAAGGCUGGUCACAUCAACCUUCACAUUACCAUGGGCAGCGGAUAUACCUAUGCCAUGUUGCAUUGUCUAUUGCACUGCGCAACCAUCAUGGUCAACCGGCGCCGACUUCUCCAAUACAUUAGAACCGAGGGGUUCACCGAGGAAGCUUGGAGGAAUGCACCUCACACGCAGCUUCAAGCCGUCGAUCGGGCUUUUGCGUCUGCCCACGCGAUUGUCUCCUUGCUGCUUGCACUAGACAGUGAAACCUCCAAAGACGGUCUUGUUGUUUUCCCUUUGGAGAUGUUGUUCACCUGUUUCGAAGCUGGAGCGACCGUAGCGUGGUUCAGUCUGAAAGGCUUGACUCCCGUCAAUGCCAACGAGACCUCUCGAGCACUUGUGAGGGAUGCGAUGCAUUUCUUGCAGGAAGGAACAGACUACUGGACUCUCUCCAUCCCCUGGUACCGGCACCUGUCUGUUAUGGCCAAGGUUCUUCGCAACGGCGGCCAUUAUCAGCCGCAGCCGAUGAAGAUGGAGCCUAGUCCGGCGCCAAAAGAUGACCUCAACAGCCAACCAGAUAGUAACCCCGAUGCCAUGGACUAUGAGCGGCCGCCUCCUGCUGCUCAAGACCAAUCUCAGGGUAGAGAGAGUGAGCCGCCGCGCACGUCGGGUUUCGCUGCUAUCAAUGGAGCAUCCUUGGUGAACACACCAGCAACUGCUAGCCCUCCACCAGCAGCCCCUGCAGCCCCGAAGGCUGAAUCUACCGGGGCCCCGUCGUCGGCCGGUGACACACCAGUAGAGCAAGUCCCGCAAGAGCGUACUGCCAACGAUAUGACCGCCACGGAGCUUUGCGAGGCAUUCGAGAAUCAGCUUCUUGAGCUUGAUGAUCUGGCGGCAUUCAUGGGUGGAGGUGUGUAGAUGGGCUGUUUUGUGCAAGACGAGGGAAUUUGGCCAUGUCAACAACUGACACUUUCUGAAGAUGAACCAGCUUGUGUUGUGUUCAUGGACAUUGUACUAAUCCUGCUUUUUCGGUUCAAGUGUUUUUUUAUUAUUUUUGCCGGAGUUUCGGAGUAGCAGUCAUGGUCAGCAUACGGAGCGAUCAUCUGCAUGGAGUUCAUACCCGUCAAUACGACUUGACUAUGGCUUUAGGAAUGUGGCUGUGGUCA